GGGACAGGCCCUGGCUGCAGCCGCCACCGCCGCCCUGUUGGUGCGGUCGCUUCCUAAUCCAGAGCAGCCGCCGCCGCUGCCGGAGCCGGGAGCCCGCGAGCGCCCCGGCCCGGCCCGGCGUCCCCGCCGGAGCCCGAGGCAGCAGCGGAGGAGCUCCGGGCUCUGCCCUGCGCCGGGACUGCUCGGCUGCGCGGCAGCAGGGAGGGUGAAUGAAGAUGGGAGGAGGGGAAGGAGGAGGCAGCGGCGGAGGAGGCGCUGCGGGGAUUGGGAUGCGCCCCGGAGCCCCGCGGCUCGUUCACUCGGGGGCCCGAGACGCCGCCACUGCCGGGGCUGCCGCCGCCGCCGCCGCCGCCGCCGCCUCCUACGUGGUUGCAGCGGAGCGCGCAGGCCGGUCCCGCAGGGGGCAGGGAAGGGGCCGGACGGGCGGAGCGAGAGAAGCAUUGAGUCACCAGGACAGUUCGUUCAAGCUGCAGAUCUGUCUGUCGUCUUUGUCCAACAGUCUCCUCUUCUACUCCCUCUGUAGGGAACUGCCUCACAUGUCAGCGUACUGGGGGAGCAUGAAACCAUCUGUGUUGAAGCUUCAAAAGUAGGGUUCCUGUAGACCCUGAGCAAAACAGAGUUGACUCCAGCCCGCGUGAAUGAGCUUGAAACAGGAAUGCUUGGGGGUUCAGGCCUUUUACACUGAAUCUCUACUGUCACCCUAUCUACUCAAGCAAAAUCGUCAAGAAAAGCUCUGCUGGGAAGGAAGCAACUGCCCGUGGCUUUGCACUGUGAUGAAGGCAAAUGGUACAGUUUUCCAAAGAAAUUAGACCAAAACUUUCUUCUUGAGAAGAAACCAACCUGCUGUUGUCCGAGGGUAUUUCUCACCUCCCCUGUGAAAGGAAGAAAGACAACAUCGGAGCCUGUGGCCCAGCUGCUGAGGGAAGUUUCCAUGGUGAAGUCUCGGGGAGGCUUCCUGGGAGCAGAGCUUAGUGAAUGCUAAUCCGGAGCUGCUACUGCCAGCCUAGCAAAUCCACGGGGAGAUGAUUCCUCAUGAAGGGCCUGGAUCCCCUACAGAAAUCCAAUGUGACUCUCUGUUUAUCAGACUAAAGCCAGAGCCAGCCAGCCAGUGAAACAGCCACCGUGGAGGGGGGACGGCGAAAAAUGAAAUCCAACCAAGAGCGGAGCAAUGAAUGCCUGCCUCCCAAGAAACGUGAGAUCCCCGCCACCAGCCGGCCCUCUGAGGAGAAGGCCACGGCUCUGCCCAGCGACAACCACUGUGUGGAGGGUGUGGCGUGGCUCCCCAGCACCCCUGGCAGCCGCGGCCAUGGGGGUGGGCGGCAUGGGCCAGCAGGGACUUCCGGGGAGCUUGGUUUACAAGGAAUGGGUUUACAUAAAGCACUGUCCGCAGGGCUGGACUACUCCCCACCCAGUGCCCCCAGGUCAGUCCCCACAGCCACCACGCUGCCCACGGUGUACCCUCCUCCUCAGUCAGGGACCCCAGUGUCUCCCGUGCAGUAUGCCCACCUGUCACACACCUUCCAGUUCAUUGGGUCCUCCCAAUACAGUGGGCCCUACGCUGGCUUUAUCCCUUCCCAGCUAAUCUCCCCAUCAGGCAACCCGGUCACCAGUGCGGUGGCCUCAGCUGCAGGGGCCACCACUCCAUCACAGCGCUCCCAGCUGGAGGCCUAUUCCACCCUGCUGGCCAACAUGGGCAGUCUGAGCCAGGCACCAGGACAUAAGGUUGAGCCCCCGCCGCAGCAGCACCUCAGCAGGGCUGCGGGGCUAGUCACCCCGGGGUCCCCUCCACCCCCCCAGCAGAACCAGUACAUUCAUAUUUCCGGCUCUCCACAGAGCUCUGGGCGGGCAGCAUCUCCUCCACCCAUCCCGGUCCACCUCCAUCCCCACCAGACGAUGAUCCCGCACACACUCACCCUGGGGCCCUCGUCCCAGGUGGUCGUGCAAUACAGCGAUGCUGGAGGCCACUUUGUUCCUCGAGAGUCCACCAAAAAAGCAGAAAGCAGCAGGUUGCAGCAGGCUAUGCAGGCCAAGGAGGUCCUCAAUGGGGAGAUGGAGAAGAGCCGGAGGUACGCGGCGGUACCAUCCUCUGUGGAGCUGAGCCUGGGAAAGGCGAGCGGCAAAUCAGUGCCUCAUCCCUAUGAGUCCAGGCAUGUGGUGGUCCACCCAAGCCCAGCAGACUACAGCAGUCGGGACACCUCUGGGGUCCGGGGAUCUGUGAUGGUCCUGCCCAACAGCAACACACCCUCAGCCGACCUGGAGACACAGCAGGCCACACAUCGAGAGGCCUCCCCAUCCACCCUCAAUGACAAGAGCGGCCUGCACUUAGGGAAGCCCAGCCACAGAUCCUAUGCACUGUCCCCCCACACGGUCAUUCAGACCACACACAGUGCAUCAGAGCCUCUCCCGGUGGGCCUACCAGCCACGGCCUUCUAUGCUGGGACUCAACCUCCUGUCAUCGGCUACCUGAGUGGCCAGCAGCAAGCAAUUACCUAUGCCGGCAGUCUGCCUCAGCACCUGGUAAUCCCAGGCACCCAGCCUCUGCUCAUCCCAGUGGGCAGCCCUGACAUGGAUACACCUGGGGCAGCCUCGGCCAUAGUCACAUCAUCACCCCAGUUUGCUGCAGUGCCUCAUACGUUUGUCACCACCGCCCUGCCCAAGAGCGAGAACUUCAACCCUGAGGCCCUGGCCACUCAGGCUGCUUACCCAGCCAUGGUGCAGGCCCAGAUCCACCUGCCAGUGGUACAGUCAGUGGCAUCCCCUGCCACGGCACCACCCACGCUGCCACCAUAUUUCAUGAAAGGCUCGAUCAUCCAACUGGCCAACGGGGAGCUGAAAAAGGUGGAGGACCUGAAGACGGAGGACUUCAUCCAAAGUGCAGAGAUUAGCAAUGACCUCAAGAUCGACUCCAGCACAGUGGAGAGGAUUGAGGACAGUCACAGUCCUGGUGUGGCCGUGAUACAAUUUGCCGUUGGUGAACAUCGAGCCCAGGUCAGUGUUGAAGUUUUGGUAGAGUAUCCUUUUUUUGUGUUUGGACAGGGCUGGUCGUCCUGCUGUCCGGAGCGAACCAGCCAGCUCUUUGAUCUGCCGUGUUCCAAACUCUCCGUUGGGGACGUCUGCAUCUCGCUCACCCUCAAGAACCUGAAGAAUGGCUCUGUUAAAAAGGGCCAGCCCGUGGACCCUGCCAGUGUCCUGCUGAAACACACAAAGACCGACAGCCUAGUGGGCAGCAGACACAGAUAUGCUGAGCAAGAAAACGGAAUCAACCAGGGAGGCACCCAGGUGCUCUCUGAGAAUGGUGAACUGAAGUUUCCAGAAAAAAUAGGAUUGCCUGCAGCACCUUUCCUCACCAAAAUAGAACCGAGCAAGCCCACAGCCCCAAGGAAGAGGAGGUGGUCGGCGCCGGAGACCCGCAAACUGGAGAAGUCAGAGGACGAGCCACCUUUGACUCUUCCCAAGCCUUCGCUCAUUCCUCAGGAGGUUAAAAUCUGCAUUGAAGGCCGAUCUAAUGUGGGCAAGUAGAGACCGUGCCGGCAGCGGAGGCCUGGGCCUCCUUUGCUGUCUGUAUCCAGAUUACUGUACUGUAGGCUAAAUAACACAGUAUUUACAUGUUAUCCUCUUACUUAAGGUUUGAGUUCUAACCUUGUCAUUAGAGUCACACAGGUGUGUCGCAGGAGAAUGGUGCAUUUGCAUUGUCUGCAAGUGUCUGUUGAGGAGCUGGCGGGUGAAGGGUGGUCAGAACCGUGGCUGUGGAGCUCCAGGGUAUCCUAGGUGGCCCUGAAUGUGGCUUUCUCAGCACCUGCCUUCUCCAGCAGCACAGAGCCAAGGGACAUCAGUUCUCACUGGUUUCAAGAGCAAAUUCAGUGGGAAGUGACCUGCAAGGGUGUCUGGGUGUGUCCCUAUGAAGGGGUGUGUGGGUGCCAUGGUGGUGAGUGACGGUCUCUUUUUCUUUGCCUCCCUCUCUCCCUUGCUUGCUCACUCUGGGCAUGGGAUUAGGGGACCUGGGUUUCCUACAUGCAAAGUCAUCCACAUGAACCCAGCUUCAGGGCAUCAUAGGGAGAUAUCAGAGGGCAGAUGGGAAACUAGUCUCAAAGAAUGUGGUUCUCUCCAACAUAUUUUACAAUAAAAAGCAACUUUUAAUCAUAUAUAUAUAUAUAUUUCCCCCCAUGGGGCCUGACUGCACUGAGAUUUUGUUUUUUGUUUUUUGGUUUUUUUUUUUUUUUAAGAGCAGCUGCCACACAUGGGAUUUCAUUUCUGCUUUACCAGUCCAGUGACGUCACCAGGUGUCAUGGUGGGCAGGGAAGUCCUUGCUCAGGUCACUCCUGGUCAGGUGGGUGGCCGUGGGGCUGGGGGACAGAAGAAGCUUCCACACUGGUCACGGCAGUGUUAUGAAAACCAAUCAGGUUAUUUGCAUUGACUUUUGCUCCCAGGAAGAAAAUACAGGCUCCCCUCCUGAGAGAGCCAGGCAGCACUCAGAGCUGAGCCCGCAGCUUCUGUUCCGUCUUUUAGAUCUAGUACUGUUUCCAGUUCAUGACUAUGGACAACUCCGGUGCCACUUUUUCUUUUUUCUUUUUUUUUUUCCCCUCAAUCCCAGCAUGACGUGAAGAAUUAGAUCUGGAAGACGCACACCUGUUACUAUCUCUGAAGUGGUUAAAAAUGCUGCGCAGACUUGUUAACCAAACAUCUUGGUCUGUCAUUCAACCAGUACUGUAUCUAACUUUAAACUCCUUGGCAAGAAAAGACAAACCUAAGUUGCUUCUGAUUUUUUUUUUUUUUUCAACACUGUAACUACAUUUCGGCUCUGCAGGAUUGCUCAUGCCACGCGCCAGCAAUCGAAAGCUCCGGUCUGUCUGGUUUAAAGGGAUGAAUGUGAAUUAUGAAGUAGCAUGUGACAGUAGAUGACCACCACACGGGCACUUGUCACUUUGACGAAAGAGUUAAAGGCGUAUGCAGAGUUGGCAGAGAGACUGAGGAAACACAGGGAGAAAAGACAUUCACUUUUGCCCGGUGUUUUUAGGGUGAACUCCUAAAGAACUUUGCGAUUUGCACAUCUUGAGUUUAUAAUUUGUGUGAUAUUCCUGCAUUUUUUAUCCAAUAACAUUGUGGGAAAGGUUGGGGGGGGAUUGAUCGAGCAUAAAUAAAUGUAGCAAAAUUCCUUUCUAACCUGCCUAGUCCCUAGGCCACUCUUAGAAGAUUCUGUUCCUUUCUGCUUCAUUUUGUCACCUGCCAUAUCUGUCACGAGAAGCCAGAUCUGAGAGUUUCUUCAGAUUCUCUAAGAGUUUUCCAUACAGACAUUUUAUAUAUGUGAGCAAGUGUUUUUUAUUUCUGGGAGAAAAAAGUGUUAAUUUUUUUUUUCAGAAUGACUUUUUUUUCUAUUUGAAAUCAAACUAAGAUUUAAUAUUUGGUACAAAACCCAGAAAGGGUAUUCCAUAAAGUCACAAGUUUUCAUUCCCAGAGAUUAAAAUAUCAUGUGUGGGGUCUGAGUGUGUCUUAAAGUACUUUAAACCAAGUUUUAUAAAUAAGAGAGACAUUUUUAAAUAUUCUUACUUGGUUGCAGCUAACCCAAAUAAGUACUUAUUUGACUCUCCUUUUAACCAUUAAAAAACAGAAAGGACUUCUUCCAUUUCUCAAAUUAGAAAAAAGAGACCGCUCCUCCCUCAUACAACCCAGAUGUUAGCUAUACAGUCUCCAUUCACAGUGGCUCUCAAUGUGACUAACGAUGUUGCUCUGGGAUGUACCAAAAACCUUUGAGUAGGUUCAGAAUAGCUGGCCUCUCCCUAAAAUCCAUUACCCUCUCAGCAUGCUAAGAGAGCUGGGUGGGCCCAUUCUCAUUGCUUAUUUAGUGCUGUGGUUUUUAUUUUCUUUAAUGUUUCUGUUCAGAGACCUUGCUUAAUCUUCCAUAUAUUCUGCUCAGGGCACUUGCACUUAGUAGGUUUUUUUGUUUGUUUGUUUGUUUGUUUUAACCUUUGAUGGUAAGAGGAUUGAAUAGGGGGCUGCCACAGAGGUGCUGUGUGGUACUAUUUACACCAGCUCCUGGGAGCUCAGAAAACACAGACACCACUGUCUGGCUUACUUCAAGGACUGAACUGACUGUAUCCACUAAACCAACACUAAACUAGGCAAACACACAGUUCAGAGCAAUAGGAAUAUCAUAACUUUUGUGGUUCUAUUUCAGGUAUAGGAAUUAUAAAAAUCAUUGGUUCUUCUAAAGCAUUUGUCUCAUUUCAUUCCCUCACUCUUAGCAUGUGCAAUACUUUGUGUGCUAAUAGUGCUCUAUCUAGUUAAAAUUCAUUCCCUUUUGGCUUCUUCCUUGUUCUGUGGGUCGACCUUCCUUCCCCUUGCUGGCCAGAGAAAGACUGGAGGGAUGGAGCAAGGAGAGGCAAGCUGCCUUGCUUUCCCCUAAUAUGGAUGCAGAGUUCUGGAGUAGGGAGCCUGUGUGUCUGUCACCAGGACCCAGAGCCAGCCAUCUGAGGAUCCUGGAGGGAAGCACCACGAAGGUCCAUCACUCUGCACUCUGGGAAGGCCCUCGGCUCUGUAGUGAACCUGGAAUGCAGCAAGGAGGCAGACGGUUCCUAGGACAUGCUCUGGAGCCGUGUGGGCUGCAGUCAACCGAUUUUUCAGUGUCUUCGGUGUCCUUGAGACUUCGAUCUCUGCCUUUGAGCACAAACAACUUAUUGCAUAUGUGCGUGUGUUCUGAGCAUGCCCACCAGUGGCUUUGGAGGGGACCACCUGGCAACCACAGUCACCAUUCCCUUGUGACAGCUUUCCUCUUCAAAUAGGAAGAGCACACAGAGGGAGGGGCCACCUCUGGUUUGCAGACAUUGGUGGGGCCUGAGAGGCUCCCGGAGCAGCUGUGAUCACCCUUCUGUAGGGAGGACAGUGAUGGUUGUGCCAUCAUCAUACAAGGAUCAGCCACACGCCUCUAUACCUGUCCUCUUUGCAAUAUUUACCAACAACUGUCUUUCCUUCUCCUUUUUCCUGCUUUCCAUUUUUAAACAAAUAACAGCAGGCCUUUUGCGUUUACAAUGGAACACAAUCACCAAGAAAUUAGUCAGGGCGAAAAGAAAACAUUACUAAUAAGAAACCAACAAACAAGAACCUCUCUUUCUAGGGAUUUCUAAAUAUAUAAAAUGACUGUUCCUUAGAAUGUUUAACUUUAGAAUUAUUUCAGUUUGUCUGGGCCACCUUGGGGUCAGCAGGGGUGGGGUAGGGAUUGGGGAGAGAAGGCCAUGGAUGCCACUUACCUCAAAUCUUUUUAAAAGUGGAAAUCCAACUUGCAAAUUUUGUUGUUGUUGUUUUGUUUUGGACUUGCAGGAUAAUCGUCUACGUUGGUCACAUUUUGCUUUUCUCAAUUCUUCCAGCUCAGUUUGAGAUGGCCUGAUUUUUGUGGUGGUGGUAACAGAACGUCCUUAACUCUGAAUCCUGACCUUGUAUGUUUUCUGUUAGGUGAGCUUGUUGGGUUCCUCCCUCCCCCCUUUACCCCCACCAGGAAGUGGCAGCAUCCUUCCUUCUCCCCUGCAAGGAGCUCGGUGGAACCUUUCACACCUCUUACUCAGGGAUGGGGCUGGUGUGUGUGUGGAACACAGACGUGUUCAGCAACAGCACUUUGGACUGCUCUGGAGUAGGGUUGUACAAUUUCAAGGAAUGUUUGGAUUUCCCCGCAUCGUGUGGAUUGCUCCUUAGCUACUGCACAGAUUGCAAUAUAAUGCUGCACGUUCAAGACAAACAGUAGCUCCUAGUGAUCAGAAAAUCCACUCUUUGCACAUAGUUUGAUCUUUACUGAAAUAUGUUGCCAAAAGCUGUUUUUGUUGUAGCUUUGGAUUUUCCUUUUUUUUUUUUUUUAAGGAAACAAUUGACAAUACCCUUUAACAUCUGUGACUACUAAGGAAACCUAUUUUGUAGAUGCUUUUGAAGACACUACCACCUAUUUCAGACAUGGGUGAGGAGGCAGAGCUCUUGGGAUAGAAAGCCAGACUUUUUGAGCUGAGGUGGUUGGCAUGGCAACUGUUUCCUGAGCCACAAGCAGCUCAACAAACUGGUCUGUUCUCUCCUGGAAACCCUCUGCACUUCCAAUUUCCUAGUCCGCCCCUCUUUGACUCCAGGGGAAUACAGGGCCUCAGUCUCCAGGGCCCAAUCCAGUUUCUUUGGCGGUUGAGAUGAAAGGCAAGAGAAUUAUACUUGGUUAUUUUUUAAAAGUGGAGCAAAGGCCUUUGCUUCUAUGGUUGUGUUUUGAACCCAGAAUUUCUGAAAUAGAGAAUUUAAAGAAAAAUGGAGUAAUAACUAGAGAAUCUACUUUUUUAUAAAGCACAUACGUAUGACCUAUUGUGUUGGGUUGGUUUCCUCCCUUUUCCAUGGACAGUGCUGUAUUUCUGUUCCUAUGGCAACUCCAAACAGUUUGCACAUCUCUACUCUGGAGCUGAGAUUCCUUUCACAUAGAUGACCUCGCUUCAAAUGUUACCUUACUGGUAGGCUUUUUUCUUGUAGCACUAUACCUUGUGGGAAGUUUUUUUGUUUUGUUUUAUUUUCUUUUCUUUAAAGUACACCUAAUUUGAGUAGCCAAAGGGGGGGAAUUUUUUUUUUUUGAGGCACUCACUUUGGGGAGUACAGAUAAUUUUUUUAAAAAAUUGCACAAAAGAAAAAUGAAUGUUGAAAUGAUUCAGUGUUUGAAAGAGACAGAUCUGUUGAAACCAUGAGUUUCAUAUUUUGUGUGUAAAAAAAUACAAAACAGAGGAGGGUUGAAAGUUACAUGUUCUGGGGUUUUAUUUUUCUUGUAUAUAGAAAUUUGUUGUCUUGAUGAUCAAAUUUGUAUGGUUAUGGCCUGGAAGAAUUAUGACGUCAGAGGCUCUUCAACUAUACUAUACCUAUGCUUACUGUUCUGUUUUGUUACAUGCGGCUCUUGUGUGAAGGAUGGGAAACUGUAUUCCACUAUUUGAGGAUACUGUCUGUCCAUUCCUAGGCCGGAAGUACUUCUCUAAGUUCCCUUCUCAAGCCAUUGCAACUUCUUUUCUUUGGAUGAUGUUUGACAUUUCAGCACUUCCUGUUCCUAUAAACCCAAAGAAUAUAAUCCUGAACAUGAAGUGUUUCUAUAAGGGAUCCUCUUCCCAGUAAGACAGGACUCACAUGGGGACAAAAAAAAAAAAAAAAAAAAGUUUAGCUUGCCUUCUGCCUCCCACCCCACACCUCAGUUAAAUGGGGGUAAAACAUCACUUUCAAUUAGAAUGCCUGGCUUCCAUUUUGAUGUUUAUCAAGUAGAGGCCAGAAGACGGCAGAGCAGUUUCUCAGAGUUAGAUUCCUGUUCAACAGUUGAGCUGGGUGGUUCAAAUUGCACAGUUUAGGGGCAGUAAUGGACCCUAGCUUUGAAUCUUAAAUUUGGGUUUGCAUCCCCUCCUUUACUGUGCAAGUUCUGGUAGCUGACAUUCACCUUGGCAGAGGCAGAAGGGGGACAGUGGCUGAAGGGGGACAGUGGCUGAAGGGGGACAGUGGCUUCAGCGUUUCACAUCCUGACACUUGCCUACGGGAGCUUCACCUGUACUCCCAUGAAGUGGGUUUGGCCAAUAGGUAGCAUCUACAAGAACGCACCAACACUUUGUAUCUGAAAGGACUCAAGUCUUCCACUACAGAUCACUUGGAGACUCCAUCCACUCAUGUUUUCUUGUUCCUUUGCUGUCUGGAUGGCCAAUCUGAAGGCCUGUGUGGAAAGCACUGUUUACAGUGACCAUUACUGAGAUAACACCUUGUCCCCUAGACUACCCAGCUGAGGUGACAGAGUUUUAGAACUGUUGUCUUGAGAGAUCAGUUACCAAGAACGAUGGUGCAUAGGUUUCUCUUGGUUCUCACACGAGCCACCUACGCUGAAGUUAUUCUCUAGACCAAGAGUGGGAUGAACUGUUGAGUCAGUGAGGCGUAACCCUGACAACCCACCAUGGUACUGGUCCUACUCUGGGACUACUGCCCCCUCCCCCACCCACACUGCUCAAGUGUAAUCCCAGGUGGUGUCAGCUGAAAGGGGGUUGCAGUGGAGUCCUGUCAGUAUUUGUGGUGGCCUUUCAAUAAGACAGUCUUCAUCUCUAACCAGUAGAGUCUUAGCCCUAAAGAACCUGAGAUCUGAACCAGUGAGAAGGUUUUCACAUCAGGUUCCCAAACCCUCCAAUAUCUAUUUGUAUGCCUCCCACAGGCCAAGGGGAAGCAGACACCAAAACUUGGGCUGAGGGUACUACCAUGUGGAAAACUAGGGAAGAAAAAAGUUUUUUGCACCUUAUUGAAAAGAAACUUUUAAGUGCAUACAUAGUUAAGAGCUUUUAUUGUGACAGGAGACCUUUUCCAUAUGCGUGCAUACUCUGUAAUUCCAGUGUAAAAUGUUGUACUUGCACUAGCUUUUUUAAAACAAAUAUUAAAAAAAUGGAAGAAUUCAUAUUCUAUUUUCUAAUCGUGGUGUGUCUAUUUGUAGGAUACACUCGAGUCUGUUUAUUGAAUUUUAUGGUCCCUUUCUUUGAUGGUGCUUGCAGGUUUUCUAGGUAGAAAUUAUUUCAUUAUUAUAAUAAAACAAUGUUUGAUUCAAAAUUUGAACAAAAUUGUUUUAAAUAAAUCGUCUGUAUACCAGUACAAGUUUAUUGUAUAAUACUCGUACUAAUAAUAAAAUAACAGUGCCAAUUGCAAA